CGUCGUAGCUUCAAUUUCCUUCGUCCGUAUAAUUUCUAGUACCAAAAUCACUACACAACCCGCUUCAGAAAACAAGGCCCUGGAAGAUCUUUUCAGUAGCCAGGCAUCUCGAAACACAUUCCCAGUAAAUUGACCCGCAAAAGCAUCUAGUCGCUGGGUUAUUGCCAUGUCUAUCCCGGGUUUGGGGCUCAUCCCCGAGAAGCCUGCAACCUCAGCCUCCCGAACAUACACCCUUGAACCGCGUCAGGAAUACCGCUUCUCCGUCUCGCACGGCGCGUCCAUCACCAUCACCCUCACCAGGGGCACGGCCGAGCGCGACGGCACCGAGCUUGCCCUCAAUGUCGCCUACACCCUGUCGGGCGUAAAGUCGAAAAUCCUCUCCUGGCACGGCGCCAACCUCUCAAUUGAGGGCAUCACAGACCACGAAUCCGUCGCGGGCCCCGACGACGCCGCGAACACCGCACACCUGAACCUGCACGCGUUCCUCCAACGGUCCCGCGAGGCCGCGGCCAGGAACAACGGCGGCGGCCGCUCCGCACCCCACGGGCCGCGCGUUCUCGUGGCCGGCAAGACGGGCUGCGGCCGCACGAGCCUGGUGCGGACGCUGGCGGCGUGGGCGACGCGGACAGGCGCGCAGCCCAUGGUGGUAGAUGCGGAUCCGGGGGAGGGGUUGUUGACGCUGCCUGGCACGCUGUCGGCGGCUGUUUUCGGGACAGUCAUGGACGUAGCGAGCGAGGGUGGGUGGGGUGCAGCGCCGAGCAGCGGGCCGAGCGCCGUGCCGGUCAAGCUGCCGCUCGUGUUCUACUAUGGGCGGCGGCGGGUGGAGGAGGAUAGGGAUCUCUACAAGGGGGUCGUCAAUUCUAUCUCGUCGGCCAUCUCGGCCAGGGCGGCGGAUGAUCCGGCUGUCAGGAGUGCCGGGAUGCUGAUCGAUACACCGCCUUAUGUGGAGGGCAAAGGGGCUGAUGUGUUGAUUCACAUUGCAGAGGAAUUGAAUGUAAACAUAAUCGUGACGAUUGAUACGCCCAGCUUACACACGGAGCUUACGCAAAGAUUUUCUGGCGUCAAAAACGUUCUCGGGGAGCACGUAUCCGUGGUGGCGCUGGACAAGUCUAGUGGCGUCAUGGAGAGGGACGAAGGUUUCUUGCAGCACAUGGGAGAAGCGAGCAUCAAGGAGUAUUUUUUCGGAGAUGCCAAAAUCACUCUCAGCCCUUUCACUCAGCAGGUCGCCUUUGAUGAGCUGGCCAUCUACACGUCACCCGAAGCUUCUGACUAUUCAGCUGAGCCUGGGGCAUUGGAGCGAAUCCCGCAGCCGCUGCCUGAAAUGGCUCACUGGGUUCUGGCAAUGAUGGACGCGGCACCCAACGACCCGCCGCACAAGAUUCGGUAUGCGCCCGUGUCGGGAUUCGUGUACGUCGCCGCCGUGGACAAGGAAAGGCGGCGGAUGAAGAUCCUGGCCCCCGUCAGCGGGAGACUCGGAGACAAGCCGCUGGUCUGGGGGAAAUGGCCCGAGCCUCACAUCAACCUUCUCGGCUGAAACGGACGGCAAAAUCAUGUCUGGGGCGUUGCUGGAUUUUUGUUUGUCAGAUGGAUGGCUGGCUAGCUGACGAUGCCAAGUGCAACAGUGCACAUCGGGGUUCAGGUUGGCUUUUAGACAAUAGCGAGGCGUUCGGUUUGUGGGUUGGCGCUUGCUAAACCCAAGGUUUCGGGAAUUGCCCAAAAAGGUUUUACCCAUCUGGAAUUCACUUUUCCGUGCUGCCCCAUUCUCAAGGGUGGCUUGGGGGUGCUCCCGCCACCGACUCCGUUCUUUUUAAUUGUAGUUGACAGCAUGUCAGCAAACCGCCCAGGCCGGCGAGGUAUGGCCCCUUUUGUGAUUUGUAAACCUACCUGAAAGCUGACCUCUCUGCGUCGGCGUUGGAAACUUGAUGGAUUAUUUCCUGCGGCAGGUCACGACAAAACAAAAGAACUAUCGGGAAGAAACGACUCACUUGGCACGAAGCCAUGGGCCAGCUUGGUCCCCUUCUUUGACUGUCAAGCAUGGGGCCGAAAACAGCUCUCUUUAAUCGCAUAGAAUCCAACCCACAUGGUUAUCUGGGACGGCCCUUCUUGGCGUCGUCUUGCUUGCAAUAACCCCAUAACAGACUGAUUGGCUUGACUGACAGAUACUUGACUCGAUCUCUCUCUCUCUUGGAAUCUCGGGCUUUACGCGAGCCUAGUUAGUACUAGCAGAUUAUCAUCGUCGCUUGCUCGGGCGAUCGACGCCAUCGUGACUUUUUUAGUAGGCUCCUUUUUUUAGCACCG